AUGGCUCUCAACAUCCCCGGAGUGACCGUUAUGAUGUUUUUCUACCUGCUGGUGCUCGGGAUCGGCAUCUGGGCUUCCAUCAAGUCCAAAAAGAAAGCCAAGCAGGGCCAGGGGGAUAAGACGGAGAUGGCUCUGCUGGGGAACCGAGGAAUCAACCUGGUGGUCGGCAUCUUCACCAUGACAGCUACAUGGGUUGGAGGUGGAUUCAUUGUGGGCACAGCAGAGGCCGUGUACAACCCCUCCAUGGGACUGAUCUGGGCUGUCAUGCCCAUCGCAGCAACCAUGUGUUUCAUCAUCGGUGGCCUGUUCUUUGCUGAGCCGAUGAGAAACAACAAAUAUGUGACCAUGAUGGAUCCUUUCCAGAUCAAAUAUGGAAAAGUACCGACGGCCGCUCUGUCGCUGGCUUCGCUCAUAUCAGAGAUUAUGUGGGUGACAGGAACACUCAUAGGAUUAGGUGUAACCAUGAGUGUGAUCCUGGAUUUGUCCUACACUGUGAGCAUCUGGAUCUCUGCUGCUGUGGCCAUCACCUACACAUUGCUGGGAGGUCUCUACUCUGUGGCCUACACAGAUAUUAUACAGCUCAUUCUUAUUUUCAUCAGCUUGUGGCUGUGUGUCCCUUUUGCACUGAUGAACCCUGCUGUGUUGGACAUCACGGAGACGGCUUACAACAGCACCUUCCAGUCUCCGUGGGUUGGUACUCUGGAGGCAGACAGAGCCUGGAGGUGGAUCGAUAACUUUCUACUGCUGGGUUUGGGAAACCUGGGUCUUCAGAACUUCCACCAGAGGACACUGUCCGCUGCCUCCUCGGCUACAGCCAAGAUCACCUGCUUCACUGCCGCGUUCAUCGUUCCCUCGUUAGGCAUCCCCCCGAUACUCCUCGGUGCAGUGGCUGCAUCAACAAACUGGAACUUGACCUCCUAUGGAUCCCCGUCUCCAUUUGAGCGUGGGGAGACAGGACUCGUCCUGCCCAUCGUCCUGCAGCACCUCACCCCGACCUACAUCUCCAUCGUCGGUAUCGGGGCGGUGGCCGCUGCUGUGAUGUCAUCCACUGACUCUGCCUUGCUGUCUGCAGCUUCUAUCUUCACCUCCAACAUUUACCGGAACAUCCUGAGGACACAGGCUUCAGAGCAGGAGAUCCAGUGGGUGAUCCGGGUCUCAGUGGUGGUGGUGGGCCUGGCCGGCACAUCUCUCACCUUCCUGGAUAACAGUGUCCUGAUGAUCUGGCUGCUUCGCUCCGACCUCACCUACACCCUCAUGCUGCCGCAGUUGGUCUGCGUCCUCUUCUUCGACAUCUCUAACGGUUACGGGGCCGUCCUGGGCUGUGUGGUGGGCAUGCUGUUGCGGGUGCUGUGCGGGGAGCCGCUGCUUGGGAUACCACCCGUUAUCCAAUUCCCAGGAUGCACUCUGGUUAACGGUGUCUACAUCCAGAAGUCCCCAAUCAGAACCAUCUGCAUGCUGUCUGCUGUGGUGGCCAUCUUAUUGUUCUCCUACCUGGCUUCUCUGCUUUUUAACAGAGGCCUAAUUCCUGAGAAAUGGGAUGUUUUCAAUGUGAAGACUCAGUACUCGACACAAACACAAGGUGGGGCCAAAUCAGACACAAGGAACCAGAACUUGAGAGAAGAGAAUGAGAACAAUGAAGCCUGUGAACCUAUGUUAGAAUCAACAUUUUAAGUGAGAAAUCUCACUUGAAAUACAUUUUGCAUUUGUUUGAACUGGUUUAAGAAAAAAAUAAUGUAAUGUGUAAAGAUACGCUUACAGUACAGUAUAGCAUAUUUUCAUUUUGUAUACUUUUAUAUGCUGCCUAAAUGGGGGGAAAAAACAAACAAACAAACAAAAAAAACAUUACACAUAUGCUUUUGUUUUAAGAGCUCAGCAUGCUCUCUGCAAUUUUAUGCAGCAGUGAUACUUUCAAUGGACCCCAGGGCACAAACACAUACACACCCUGGGCAGAAAUGGUCAUAAUGGUUCAUAACUGUUGUUUGAACAGUAAUAGCAGCUGAAAACUGCACAUUAACAUUAGUAUUUUGUACAUGGAAAUGAAAGAGUGCUUCUCAAAGCUUGAGAUCUAUCUAUUAUGCUACAUACAAUGCUACAGGACCCUACACAAAACUAGAGAAAACAACAAUACUAAUGUUUUAAAUCAAUAUCAGAAACCAUAAAAUAAAGCAGUCAAUGUAGACUUUUUCUGCUCUCAAACACUUAACUUGCUUUACUCACAGUGACCUAUGCUCUGUUAUGUUGGGAAAAUAAACAAAGAUACAUUGUCAGCUCAGGCUAGGUUUUGAUAUAUAGUAAUAUUAGAGGACAUGGAUUUGGAUCAGGUGCAAAAGAACACGAAUGAGAAAUCCCUACUUUUGACUGAGCUCUUUGAAUUUCCAAAGACAAAUAUUAAUAACUGCCACUUAUUACAGGGACUCUGGCUUAGGGGCACCUGUGCCUGCUUGGCUUGUAAAAUAAUCCAUCCAUGCUUUAAAAGUAAUUUUAUAUUUGAUUGCACACCCUUCCUCCUUUGGUCUAACUCCUGAUUUCAUGGUAAGCUCAGAAUUUACAAACAGUGGCUGUCAACAGUGAAGUAUUGUUAAUGUUGAAGGCAUGGCAUCGCCAGUGGUUUGGUUACUGCUGACAUGCUGCACAACUGCUAAAUGAACAAAUACAGAGAAACACCAGCUGGACUAUUUUAACAACCCAAUGACAGGCUCUUUUAUGUCUUGAAGGCCAGCUGAUUAAAUUAUGUUGUACUCAGGGCUGAGCAAAACCGAUUACAUGGAGGCAAAGAGGGUUUAGUGAUUGCAAAUUUUUAAUAUAAUAAAAAUAAUUUAGAAUAAACCUCCUGUCUUUGCCACGGCCAUUAGUUUCUUUACACUUGCACAUUAUUGUCUUAUUGUCUUGAAGUAUUAUUUCAGGUUUCUCGUUAGGCUGUGUGUGUAAAGCGUGCUCCUGCAUUUGAAACACAACACCCGGAAUGUCUUUUUAAAUAACUUUAGAUGUUUGAAACACUAGAUGCCAGAGACCACUUUAAAAUGGUUUCUCACUUCCACCAAGCAAAUGUCAUAAACAUUAAAAGGAAUCUCUGGUGUUUGUUAGCCUUGCCAAACCUCUACAAUAGAGAUAAUGAGAUAAUUAAUGGUGAUAAAAAUAUGAUAUAAUAAUAAGAUAUAAUACCUCGGUUAACAAAUACCAGAAUUUACAUUUAAGCACCUGGACAAUAUGUUAGGUAUGCUGAUACACAAGACUUUCCAAAAUAAGAUACUAAGAUAGAAAGGUAUCCACUCUUCUCUACUGGUAUAUUUAAGCACUUACUGGGUCAAUAAUAUUUUUUUUUAAUAGUUGAGAUGGUUUAACAUAAAACACAUUUCACAUGGACAGAGGCAUUUUAAAAAUAUCAAAAUCUGCAUGGAUAUGUGGCUAAACAUGGACACAGUAAGUGUUAAACUCCAAUUCCUUAAAGUCCACGGGACAUAACCUGACUUCAUGUGUCCUAUGGGCUUAUGAUGACACACAAAAAUAACCACCCUCUGCUUCAUAAUUCAACAUGGGACUGUGUGGUAUGCCAGGCAGUGACAGAUGUCUGUACUCUCCCUCCUCCCUGAUGUCUGUGUCAAUCUAAGUCGAGUAGCAGUAUAUCAGCAUGGUAUUACAUAAGGUGACAUCUCGCUCCUGACUUGUCUGUGUGCCAACAGCUCUGGUGGAACAAUCGUCCCACAGGACACAGCAACACAGACUGAGAUAAAGGUCUUCUAUAAUAAGACUACACAAAAGGACGCUGCUCUGGCUACUUCCUGUGUCCUCCAUUUGACAGUUGAUGGUGAGGUUGAUAACGAGGUUCAGAAUGCAAAAUCUAAAUAUGCAGUACCAGGAUAGUAAAGGUGUAAUGGAGAUUAAUGUUGGAUUAAUAAACCAGCAGCUCCAAAAUGACACAGGUUAUAUGACCUUGAAAUUGUAUUUCUGUUUCUCUGCAUGUUCAAUUCAUGUUUUUUGGAAAUUAUUCUGGUAAAGGCAUUAUACUCCUCAUGUUACUCUGUCACUAAAUCAGAGGUUCAGGUCAAACUUCCCUCAUGAGCGUCAUAGAAGAAGAAGCUACAAACUGUGCAAAUAAUGAGGCUACUGUUGUGUCUGCAUUAGGUGCACCAACAACAAAAGUUUUGUGCAUGAUGAAACACAGAUUUUUCUUUUUAAACAGGUAGCACUGAAGCUCUUGUAUUUGUUCUCUAAAAGUGAGAUAAAUAAAGACGAGUGUGCAGAAUUGUACUUAGAGCAAUAAACACAAGUAAUAGGAGUAAACUACUACUCUGAGAAACAGAUACACAAGUUGACCUUGGUUACAUCUUGACGUAAUCUGCCACAAUUCACUUUUUCUGUGGGAUUAUUUAAACAAGACAUUUAUCUCAGGUAUGGAAAGUGCAGGACUGGAUGGGAGGUUUACAUGGGGACGAAUUACAGGCUGUGGAUGUAAUGACACCUACUGGCCACCUGGUUGUAUAACAGUGCACCAAACCUGUAAAACAUUUUUUAAACAAUUUAGCAGGCAUAUUCAUCCAGUAAUAUGAGUUUAUACUCCGUUCUAACAUUACAGCCUACACAGUAGAAAGCACAAUUGCAAGGAUGUGUCCAUGAAUCUCAGUUUGACAAAACACUGCAAGUUUAGCAGGAAGAAAUUGUCCACCAUCACAGCCAAGCUGAACCCCUACAUCCUACCUGUAGGUUGUAGGGGUUCUGUAUCUUACUCGAGUCAAGUCAGUAUGACAUUGGACACUACUUUUCCUUUUGGGUCAGACUGUGUACUGAUGUUCAUUGCCUCUAGAAUAGUACAGUCCAUAUUUAGUAAGGCUGCUACUACUAAGUUUUUUCAGCAGGAAAUUAGCAAAGAUGAUAUUCAACUUAGUUGUUUAAAAUUCUUAGUUUUCUCAUCUGAUCAGCAGCCAAAAACCAGUGGGUAUAACAUAUAAAUAAAACAUCACGUUUGCAGUCAAUUAUCAAAAUUAUCAAUUUACUCGACUAAUUACAGACAUACGAAUUGUCUGAGGAAAUGUGAAGGUAGACAUGAAGUGUUUGGACAAAAAAAUGCAGAUUCAACAACUACUUUAAAUUUCAGCAACACUGAUGAGACAUCACGACUGGAUGAGGUAUUAUUAUAUAAUUUAACAAUUUAUUUUCCACACUUUUAAAUAUUAAGUUUUAAAUUUUAAUGAUAAAACAAUCAGAGUUUGAGGUGAAUUUAAAGGUUGCUUCAACAAUUGAUCACAGAAAAUGGCUGCUUUUCUGACCUUUGGGAGUCAAAACCCUCAAGUAUGUUACACAUCAGAUAAAACCUCAAUCAGUUACACCACAGCAGGCAUUUUGACAGAUGACCGAAAAAAAAUGACCGCAAUGUCGCCUGUUCAAUUGCAGCUGGGGAAAUCAUUCUCUCUUACCCCACUUUUCCUGUCUCACUACAUCGUUAAAUUGUUGCAUAAUGGUUAAAAUUAUGAGAACGUAUUGUAACAUCAUUGACUGGGGCUCUGAUUUGCUCUGACAAUAUUUAACAACAGGCUACAGAAGUAUGAGGUUUAUCAGGUUUAUCAUCAUUUUGUGUUGAUUUAUCUUUUGAAAGUAGAUCACUGAUUCUGACACUGAGUUUGUUUUUCUUAUAUAUAUAUAUCUUUC